AUGGCAAAAGGUUCUGUAUCAACUUCACAAUCAACAUUGGCUGAUGGUUAUUUAACAUUACAAUUUAUGCGUAUUAGCGGUGCAACACGUUUAAAUUUAGCUAAAGCAUUUACAAAAUUAUCUGAUGGAAAACAUUUAAAUUAUGAUUUUGUUGAAUGGAUGCCUAUACGUGCAUUUCAAAUAGUACCAUCAGAAACAAAUGGAAAUAUGACGAUUGAUGGUGAAAAAGUUCCUUAUGGUCCUAUUCAAGGUGAGUGA